AUGUUCGGCAUCAAUGAAGUCGGACCAAAGGUCACUAUCUUCCUGAAAGAGACUCUUAUCGCCAAUCCUCCACCCUGCGAGCCAAGAUGCCCGGAUGCAAACACUCGCCAUCUUACCCCCGAAGACAUCCGCUCGGUUGUCAACUUACCAAUGGGACACCGGGUACGCUCUCUUAUAGCUGCAGCAUCCGUUGCAGGAUUUCUAUCGAAGAAAGAUCAUCAAUUUGCCAAGGUAGCUCAGGAAGUCCCUACAUUUGGAGCCGAUCUUCCUGUCCAGGUCCAAGCCACACUGGGGGGUAUCCAAUACGACAGCUCCUGGAUGGCGCAUGUCACGGACCCCAUCACCAAAAGACUACUGUAUCUGACCAAAUUGUGA